AUGGACGAGCCAGCGUGCAAGAAGCUAAAAGUCGAUUCUGUGCCUUGCUCAGAUUUUGAAUCUGGGGAUGGAUUGGAUGGACUAAGUGAACUUGAAAAGUUAGAGCCAUUACCACAGUCGGCACACAUUGGUGGUGACAUACCAGUAAGUUCCCAGUCAUUGUUUUAA